UCGUCCACUACACAAACAUGGCGACCUGCAUCGGCAUGGUCGCAAGAGUCGGAUGCACUGCACUGUCUAUGCUAAAGCCGGUCGCCAGGCAGUGUUCAAGGCAGAGGACAUGUGUGUUCACCCCGCACCGCUUCUGUCACGGAGUCCGCAGCAGUUUGUACGAGCAUGUCCGUGAAGGCUACAGCGACAAACCCGAGCUGGAUAUGAGAGCAGUGUGUGAGGAAACCGACAAAGUCAUAGCAAAUGUGGAGAACAGGAAGGGUGACCUGAAAGGGGACGAUGUCAGGAAGAUUGUGUGUGUGUGGCAGGAGCUCAAGGCAGUGCAGGAGGAAAUCGCUGGGCUAGAAGAGCAGAAGCGUCACAUCGGUGCCACAGUCAAAACACUAGUGUCCAAGAACGACAAGAAAGCUCUUGCCAGUCUCCCAGAGUACACCCAGGCUCUGCAGAAGGGCCGAGAGGUCCGCAACAGACUGAAUCAACUCUAUCCCAAAGAGAAUGAGCUGGAUCAGGAAUACUACGGACGAGCGCUCAGACUGCCCAACACCUCACACCCCGAUGUGCCGGUUGGAGAUGAGAGCCAGGCGAGGGUGGUGGAGCUGGUCGGACAGAAACCAGAGUUUGACUUCAAGCCCAGAGGCCAUUUAGAGCUGGGGGAAGGGUUAGGUCUCAUCAGGCAGAGACAUCUAGCUCAUGUCUCAGGCCACAGGUCCUACUAUCUGAGGGGUGCAGGGGCCAGACUUCAGACUGCACUACAAAACCUUGCCCUCGACACACUGCAGAGACGGGGCUUCAUCCCCAUGGUUGUUCCUGACCUGCUGAAGGGGGCAAUAUUUGAGGGUUGUGGGAUGCAGCCCAACACCCAUCUCUCUCAGGUCUAUUCACUGGACCAGACACGUUUCCCAGACCUCAAACUGGCUGGGACUGGAGAGGUCGGAGUGGCAGGCUUUUUCAUGGAUCAUGCAGUAAACUGGAAGGACCUGCCUGUCAGGACGGUGUGCAGCAGCACCUGCUACAGAGCGGAGACAGACACGGGCAGGGAGACAUGGGGGCUCUACAGAGUGCAUCACUUCAACAAGGUAGAGAUGUUUGGAGUGACAGCAGAUGAGACGGGAGAAGAGAGCUCUCAGCUGCUGGAGGAGUUUGUCUCUCUGCAGAAAGAGAUGUUCUCUGCACUGGAACUACAUUACAGAGUGCUGGACAUGCCGACACAGGAACUGGGCCUUCCAGCAUACCGAAAGUAUGACAUAGAGGCAUGGAUGCCUGGGAGGGACAGCUACGGAGAGAUUUCCAGUGGGUCCAACUGUACAGACUUCCAGAGCAGACGUCUCAACAUCCUGUAUGAGAGAGAGGACGGCAGCCUGCAGUACGCCCACACAGUGAAUGCUACAGCGUGUGCCAUCCCUCGAACAGUCAUCGCCAUCCUGGAGACUCAUCAGACCAAAGAGGGAACAGUGCGUGUCCCACGAGCCCUGCAGCCCUAUUUGGGCUUAGAAGUGAUCGAGAAGCCAAAGUACUCUCCACUGAAAUACAUCGGACCCAACCAGCACCAUCGACCACCCAGGCCUGCUCCCAAAACCAGAUGACACAAAUACAAACAUGCAAACACCUGAGGUGGGAGCUUGAGGUGACAGAUCCAAACCUGCAGUUUACUAAUGAUAAAAAUAUUCGUCUUACUUUGUCAAAUGCCAUGAAAUUGUGAAUGUACGCCCAAACGUGUUGUCCACAAGGAGGACCAAUAAAGUUGAGUGCUUGA